UGGCGGAAAGUUUAGGAGGACCGCUGGAUGCCCUGUUCCAGACAAAAGGAACAAGUACCAAGGCAGCAGGUCUUUUCGCUUCUCUGAUUCAGGGACAUGCUGGACAAAAACCAUGGAAUUCAUUUCCCCAGCAGUGAUUAUAAUACUAGGUUGUGUUACUCUUUUGCUAUUCCUUCAGUGGAAGAACUUGCGUGGACCCCCGUGCAUAGGGGGCUGGAUUCCUUGGAUUGGAGCUGGAUUUGAAUUUGGAAAAGCCCCUCUAGAAUUUAUAGAGAAAGCAAGAAUCAAGUAUGGACCAAUAUUUACAGUCUUGGCUAUGGGUACCCGGAUGACUUUUGUUACCGAAGAAGAGGGAAUGAAUGUGUUUCUAAAAUCCAAAGAAGUAAAUUUCGAACUAGCCGUGCAAAAUCCCGUCUAUCGUACAGCAUCAAUUCCAAAGAACAUCUUUUUAAAACUGCAUGAGAAACUUUAUGUCAUGAUGAAAGGGAAAAUGGGGACUUUCAACCUGUAUCAAUUCACUGGACAAUUGACUGAAGAACUGCACAAACAGCUGGAGAAUUUAGGCACUCAUGGAACCAUGGACCUGAAUAACCUAGUAAGGCAUCUCCUUUACCCGGUCACAGUGAACGUGCUCUUUAAAAAAGGUUUGUUUCCCACAAACGAGAGGAAAAUCCGGGAGUUCCAUCAGCACUUUCAAGCUUAUGAUGAAGGUUUUGAGUAUGGGUCCCAGCUGCCAGAACGUCUCCUAAGAAACUGGUCAAAAUCCAAAAACUGGCUUCUAGCGCUUUUUGAGAAAAACAUUCCAGAUAUAAAAACAUACAAAUCUGCAAAAGAUCAUUCCCAGACAAUAAUGCAGGAUAUUCUGGACCUCCUAGAGAUGGAAACAAAUGAACAAAUGAGCCCCAAUUACGGGCUCUUACUACUUUGGGCUUCUCUGUCCAACGCUGUCCCUGUUACAUUUUGGACACUUGCAUUUAUCCUCUCUCAUCCCAAUAUCCACAGGACCAUUUUGGAAGGCAUAUCAUCUGUGUUUGGCACAACAGGUAAAGAUAAGAUUGAAGUGUCUGAGGAUAACUUGAAGAAACUCCCUCUAAUUCAGUGGUGUAUUUUGGAAACCAUUCGUUUACGGGCCCCUGGUGUCAUUACUAGAAAAGUGCUGAAGCCAGUUAAAAUUUUGAAUUACACCGUUCCUUCUGGCGACUUGUUGAUGUUGUCUCCGUUUUGGCUACAUAGAAAUCCAAAGUAUUUUCCUGAACCUGACCUGUUCAAGCCUGAACGUUGGAAAAAGGCAAAUUUAGAGAAGCAUGCUUUCUUGGACUGGUUCAUGGCAUUUGGGACCGGGAAGUACCAGUGUCCUGGAAGGUGGCUUGCUCUGUUGGAGAUUCAAAUGUGUGUUAUUUUAAUAUUUUAUUAUUAUGACUGUACUCUUCUAGACCCCUUGCCAAAACAGAGUUCUCUCCAUUUGGUGGGUGUCCAGCAGCCGGAAGGACAAUGCCGAGUUGAAUUUAAACAGAGGAAAUGACCUCUGCGGGCCCCCAGGAGGGCCAGGGCCUUCUGGAGGAGUGACUGCCCCACAUCCGCUGGCAGCGCCUGGACCUGAGUUCGACUGAAAGACGUCCCUUCAUUUUGUUUUGGGAUUUAGUUCAAGACAGCGCCCAGAUGGGAUGUGCGUGUGUUUAAGAUGACAUCGCUGUCACUGAUAGGAAGACCCCCCAAUAUAGGGCUUAUAGAAAAAUGUUUAAAUGGUCAAAAAAGGGGCAUUUCUUCAAAAGUUGGAGUUUGGUUUCAUGCAUACCUGUAUCAAAACUACAUAGAAACAAUGUCAUUUGAAUGAAAAUUUUGGUACGUUAAAUUCAUUGUGAAAGCAACAUAUUUAAACUUCAAAUUUGAAAAAGGCUAAAAGUCUUAGACUCUACCAAGUACGAAAUAAUGAUCUCUGGAAAUUGCUAUUUUUCUUAACCAGCAAUUGGAAUUCUUUUUUGGUCUUUUUUUUUUUUUUUAAUUUAUUAGGGCAUAGUUGAUUUACAAUGUUGUGCCAAUUUCUGCUACACAGCCAAGUGAC